UCAUGAUAUUAUUAAAGUAAAUUAUGUUUCCUUUGAAUAAUAAUAUGCAGCAUUAUGAUGUUUUUUUUUUUUUUUGAAGUGCAUUUAGUUGUUGACAUGGUAGUUCAAGCAGUGAUACCAAUCCUUCAGUGUGACAUGUGAUAUUUCAUUAAAAACUAUUUUAACAUUAUUCUAAAUCUUUAAAAUACGUGCUUUAUGACCUUAUUUGCGAUUUAAAUGACAUAAAAAUUUGUGUUGUUAUGAGUGGCGGUAGAUUCAAUAUGAUAGUAGUAGAAUGUUUUUUUUUUCCACACACACACACACGCGUUUAUACGUAAAUGUUAACCCGUAGUCCUAAUGUUUAUGAUACAUACCCCUUUGCGGUUUUAUCUCGCUAUGCUAAAGUUAAGAGAGUAAUAUUUAGGUAGAGUUUAUAAAAUAUUGAUCUUUAUUGUUAUAAUAUUCCUCAAUACUUUGGUGUUUGUUGUUGUUUGCCGUAGUUGAACUAGUGGGCAGUAAAUGGUUAACUGGAGUGUUUGGAUUUAGACUGUAUCUGGUAACCAAGGACGAUUCUGCGCUCACACACCCUGACAACAUGUUAAAAAGCGAUGAAACUUUGCAACACAACACUGCACAACCGAUUCAUUUAAUGAAAGUAUAUUUACACUAAAUUUUAGGACGGCAAAGUAUAUUUUUUUCCCUUUGGAGUCGAUGAAACGUACACUUUAAACUUAAUAGUAGACUAUUAAGUGAUACUGGUUUGUUGUCAGUUAGGCUGCUAACGUAAUUUUUACGAAUGCCUUUUCCCCCUUACAAUACUGGAUCAUCCUAGAUGUGUGUUUUUUUUUUUAAUCGAUUAAAUUGAUUUAAUACAAUCCAAGCCAUGUCUGGAAUUCAGCAUGCAUCCAAUCAAAGCAUCAAACCUUUUAAAUCGAGUGAGCAAUAUCUCUAUGCCAUGAAAGAAGACCUGGCAGAGUGGCUGGGAGAUUUAUACAGCAUUGAGAUUGGCGUGAAUAAUAUUUUGGAGGUUCUGGAGACAGGUUCGCUGCUGUGUGCCCACGCAAAUAACGUGACCCGUGUGGCGGAUGAUUUUGUGAAGAGGAGCGGACCCACGGAGAUCCAUCUGCCCGCUUCUGGAGUCACUUUCGCCAGCUCUGCCCAUCCAACAACAUUCCUGGCUCGGGAUAAUAUCACCAAUUUCAUCAACUGGUGUCGAAAAGAGAUGGGCAUUCCAGAUGUACUGAUGUUCGAGACAGAUGACCUUGUGCUGCGUAAGAAUGAGAAGAAUUUUGUGCUGUGCCUUCUCGAGGUGGCCAGACGGGCCUCUCGUUUCGGCAUGGCUUCACCGGUCCUCAUUCAGCUGGAGCAGGAGAUAGAGGAAGAGAUUCGUGAAGAAAUGGAGGACUUGCCUGCUCAGCCCAAACCACAGAGGAGCCUAAUAAACAUCCAGAAUCUGGAUGAGAUGGUCCAGCUUCUGGUGAGCCGAUGCACCUGCCCAUCCCAGUUCCCCAUGGUGAAGGUAUCAGAGGGCAAAUACAGGGUUGGAGACUCCAACACUCUCAUAUUUGUGCGGAUUUUGAGGAAUCAUGUUAUGGUGCGAGUGGGCGGAGGAUGGGACACCCUGGAGCACUAUCUUGACAAACAUGAUCCCUGCCGCUGCACUUCUCUCAUACAUAAGUUGACCACACGUACAGGUACUCCGGUCCAUGAGAUCAAAGAGCGGUUAACCGCAACACAACCUGAUGGCCAGUGUGCUUCUCAGACCACUCUUAUGCUGAGCCGAACUCAGUCCCCUCUUCGGCCAGUUGCCUGGACCCCUUCAGCCGCCAACAGAGCCCAGAGAGGAAGGCCCUCUCCUCCACGCUCCUCCUGUUCCCCCGACCCUGAACAUCAGCCCAGCCGCCGGAGAAACAGCCCCUCUCCUAACAAAUUAAGAGAGAGACCGAGUACUCCAUCUUGUGUGUACACUUGUGCUGACAGUAAAGACUGCUUGAAAACAAACUCCUCCAGCAGGAAAGGCAGAGAAGCAAUAAGGGCAUCACCAGCACCGCGUCUCACUAGCAGUCUUCCACGGGCCACCCAUCAUCCUACCACACCACAGCCUGAGAUACAGCGUCCUCAAACUCCUCUAGUCCUUCAGAGGAACACCAAUCAAAUCCAACCCCAGCAAGUGCCUGAGAAGAAUCUGGGACAAACAUGGACCAAAUCACAGUUUGUUUCCAAACUGAGACAAAAUUCCACACUUGGAUUAAAAGGACGAGAGAACCAGGACAAUGCACACCUUGUCUCAGACCCACAAGAAAGUCCAGGAAGGACCUUUCAGAGUCCUCAGAGAAAUACACAUUCAUGUUCCAAACCACCAAACAUCACCAUUCAUGAGCCAGAGGACAAUGGGGGUCCCAAAAAGAGUCCACAUUUCAUCCGUACCUUUUCUCCUUUUAAAGGGCUAAUGGGGGCCAUUUCAGAAGCACAAAACACCAGACCUAGAACACCAGCUAAGAUCUCUCAAGAAGAGUCCCCAAAUAAAAUUAAACACAUUCUGGAUAUAAACGAGAGAGGCCAAACUGAACAAAGAGCAGAUAGAUCAGUCAGCAAGAAGGUACAGCACUUGCCCCUACCGGUGCUGAACAUUGUGCAGUCUCCUCACAUUAACAGCUUAAGUAAAUCUUCCGAACGCUUCCUUGAUUCUCAGAAGUCUCAAGGAGAUUUAGGAGAUGGAGAGGGAGGAAUUGAGAGAAGUUAUGUCUUCACUCCUCCUCCUCUCAGCCCUGCUCAGGAAGCCAUCCUCUAUAAGAGUCUAGAAGAGGAAAUCUUGUCCAAUCUACAGGAGCUAAGCGUUGACUCAGAAACUAGCACUAGCUCUGAUGAGAAGAACCAUAAGAAUCCCAACAAUUCCAGAGAGAUCCCAUCUGACCAGUGUAAAAGAUCUAACAGAUCAGCAAGUCUUGAUCGAACAACACCCAACAGUGGAAACGGGGCUUUUGAUGCAGUCAUUGCUGAACUCUCUGGUGGCCAAAGGAAGUUGGAGAAAGUGACAGUCGAGAAGUGGGUGAACACUCUUCAGUGUCUCAGAGGGAAGGUGGAAGAAGAUCACAUUACCACACAUCACCUUAAGGUCUCUAAACCUUUUAUGACCAGUUCUUGGUCCUCUUUGGGAUCCAGUAUGGAUUCAAAAGAGACUGCUGAACUUGUGAAGGUGCCAUUUGACAACUCCAAUGCUGAGAGCAAAAUUCCUCAUGGAAAAGUAUCAAGUUUAGGAACUGAACAUGUAAAAAAACAGAGGAGUUCUUCAUUCAGACAAAGGAGAUCCUUAAGGAAGCCAGAAAGAGUGCCAUCAAUCUUCAAGCUACAACUAAAACCCUGUGUGCGACCGAGACGUGAUCACAGGUCUGACCGAAAGCCUUCAAAGAUCCCAACACCAGUUUUCUACAAAAGAACAAGCAGUAAAGAAGGAAACUCUCACAACCAGAGAGGAAACGAUUCCCAGCAUGGCCUUUUUGGCACAGACAACCCUCGAGGAAACACUUGGACUAAACCAAACUCCCAGCUCCCAAUAGCAAGUACAACAAAGUACCAAAGAUCAAACAAGGAGCCACAUGCAGAUCAAGAUCUGGAAUCCUGGGUUUAACCGACAACUCAGAAAUUCACAGUUUUAUCAUUUUAGAGUUUACUGAAAAUUUGACUGCCAGUUCAGCUGAGCCAUAUGUUGGUCAAUGACUGUUUUACCUGCUAAAAAUGCACUUUUCCGAAAGCCUUCAAGAUCAGUUACAAAAAUCACAGCACUUUCAUCAGAGCUUGAAGUUGCCUUAACUAAAAUUAGACAUGUUGAUUGUUUGUACAUAUAUUGUUUACACACACACACACAUA